UUAAUCCACCAGAAUUUUGUUGUAAGCUUCGUCCGACCGGCCACGUUUAGUUGAUUUCUCUAAACUCAUGGUCUGGACGUAGCUUUUGACCUGACUUUUUAUUUUUUGGUUUCGUCUCGCCACUCAUCGCCUCCUUUUGACAGCCGAGAGGAAGACUGACGGUCCUCCGAUUUCCAAUCUAUUUCGCUAAUUAUGUAUUUAAAUAGCUGGGAUGAAUUUGAGAAGGCAGCUCAGAAUUUGUACUUGCAGAACCCAAUGAAGGUCCGCUAUUCGAUGAAAUACACCCACAGCAAAAACUUGCUGAAAGUCAAACUAACAGACAACGCAGUCUGUUUUCAGUAUAAAACAGAAAACCAACCCGAAGUGAAGAAAAUAGAAAAAUUCAUAAACAAUCUAAUGCGGCAUAUGGCAUCGAAGGAGCACUCGUAACACAAGAAGGAGAAAGGCUGUCAGGGAUUUUGAUAUA